CCCCCUUCUUCGUCUUUAUAUCUGCUAAACGUUUGUCAAGCAAAAGCUCAGCCAGGAGAAAAAGGAAUGGGCUCUCUCUUCUCUGUCCCGGCGGCCGCUGCCUCCGAAGAAGGCGAAUCCGCUGUUGUUGCCGUCCACUCUGCUGGCGAAUGGACCCAGAACUGGCAAGCCCACUCCCAAACCAACAAACUGAUGGUGAUCGACUUUUCGGCGUCCUGGUGCGGACCGUGCCGCAUGAUUGAGCCGGUAUUCCGGGAGAUGUCCAACCAGUAUACUGACGCUGUCUUCCUUAAGAUCGAUGUUGACGAACUGCCGGAAGUGUCAAAGCAGUGGAAGGUGCUGGCAAUGCCAACGUUCGUUUUAGUGAAAGGUGGGAAGGAGGUUGGCAGGAUCGUUGGCGUGCAGAAGGACAAGCUUGAGAUGCAGAUCAAGGAGCUUCUCAAUGCGUAAGAUGUAAAUCUCUUAGACUCGUGCGUGUUGCAUCUUCCUUUUCCAUUACUUGCAUGUUGAUUGAUUGAAAGAUAGUCGAAGUGCUGAAGAUUGAUUGCACAUUAAUCGUGUUGAUCUAGUUUGUAUGAAUGCUAUUCGUAAAAUAAUAAUAAAAGUUUGUGAUGAA